CUAGCAGAGCGGAAUUCUCUUGGGAUUUCCAUUUUCCCGCUUUUACUCUGAGCUGUUUUACAGUCUCCUGGUUAUGGCGUCUCCGCCGAUCCUCGACUGGCAGUUAGACGAGGAUAGGUUCGUGUCGCUUCUGGCGAAGCUUGUAAACGAGGCGCGAUACCUUCAGAACAACCCUCCCGAGUGUGUGCCCAAGGAGGACCGCGCGGUGCGACAUGUCUUGGACGUGCUUCAGCCCUACAGUGAGGAGGAGGGCGGGCCUCUGGAGAUCCGCCACGUGAGUUAUGUGGAGGGCAGGGGCAAUCUGAUCAUCACUUACAAGGGCACGGAUCCGUCCAAGAUCCUCUCAUUUGUUGGAUGCCACAUGGACGUCGUUACAGCCAACCCCGAGGACUGGGACUUCGACCCCUUCACCUUCUCUCAAGACGGGGAUAAGCUGAGGGGACGCGGCACCACGGACUGCCUGGGCCACGUGGCGCUGGUGACGGAGCUCAUGCGCCAGCUGGCAGUGUGCCGACCGGAGCUGGGGGCUACAGUGGUGGCGGUAUUCAUUGCGAAUGAGGAGAACGCUACAGUGAAGGACAUUGGGGUGGAUGGGCUGGUGAAGGCGGGGCUGCUGGACCACCUCAAGAACGGACCCCUCUUCUGGGUGGACACAGCGGACAAGCAGCCGUGCAUUGGCACGGGGGGCAUGCUGGCGUGGAAGCUCAAGGCGUACGGCAAGCUCUUCCACUCGGGCCUGCCCCACAAGGCCAUCAACCCCAUCGAGCUCGCCAUGACAGCACUCACAGAGAUCCAGAGCCGCUUCUACCGCGACUUCCCUCCCCAUGAGAUGGAGAAAACCUACGGGUUUGCAACACCUUCCACCAUGAAGCCAACACAGUGGUCAUAUCCGGGCGGCAGUGUGAAUCAAAUCCCAGGAGAAUGCACCCUAGCAGGGGAUUGCAGGAUAACACCCUUCUAUGAUGUGGACAAGGUGGCAGCGAAGCUCAGGGAGUACGUGGCAGACAUCAGCGCCAACCUGAGCUCGCUCUCAGGCCCCGGGCCUUGCUCAAAAUUCGUUCUGCCCGAGGAGAAUCUGACGGGCAGGCUGGAGCUGGAGAUAGCAGAGGCGCCAAUGAAGGGCGUGGCGUGUAACCUGGACUCGCCUGGUUACCAUGCGCUGGUAACCGCAACGAAGGAGGUGAUGGGCGAGUGCAAGCCGUACUCCAUCACAGGAUCCCUGCCGUUGAUUCGCGAUCUGCAGGAGGCUGGAUUCGAUGUGCAGACCAUGGGAUACGGUGUUAUGGCCACUUAUCAUGCUCGUAACGAGUAUGCUCUGCUAUCCGACUUCAAGCUUGGCUAUCGUGUCCUUACAAACCUCAUACAUCGCCUCUCAUGACGUUGUCGGGCUGAGCUGAAAUAGUAUGUACAGGAUUGUGUCUUCCAAGGAAAUGCAUUGUCAAAUGUAUUGUCAAAUGUAACUUAUGUAGCUACUGUAGACUAUACUGGAUUGUGCCUUAGAGGGUACAACCCCUAGUCUAUAUACCCCUGUAUCCUUCUAUUCUACUCAAUUACUACUCAUUUUAAUAUGGAGCCGUGACUCGAGGGCAGAGCGAAGCACAUCCAGCUGCGGUACUUACUCCUGCGUGAGCUGCAGCAGCGUCGCCAGGCCCGUGUAGUACACUUGGCCUCCGGUGCCAACACAGCUGAUAUCUUUACGAAGGCGCUUGCGCCUAAAGAUCAUCAGCGGCACUGUGUAUAUCUUGGUCUUGUUCCUGUAGCUUCUCACUUGCUGGGCCUUGAUUGUGUACAAACCUUUUCUAUAUAUAUUACCCUGACUGGCCUUGUGGCCUCUCCCAGUGGCUGGACUAGUAGUGCCGCCCAGGUCUUGCUCUUGCCUUGCCUGUAUUCCUUUGACUGGUCUUUAGACCUCUUGCCUCAGAGGCUGGACUAGUAGUGCCGCCCUGAGCUGCUUCUUCUCCUGUUAGGCACUGUCCCUAUAUAGUCUAGGGGAUGUGUCAAAUGUAACUUAUGUAGUUACUGUAGACUAUACUGGAUUGUGCCUUAGAGAGUACAACCCCUAGUCUAUAUACCCCUGUAUCCUUCUAUUCUAGUC